GGAAGGGCCAGUCUGUCCUGCUUUGCUCGCCCCGCGCUUCGCUCGUCCUGUACUUCCCUUCAGGAGCGAAAAGGGAGAGCGUGGGUCCGCGCGCCGGCGGAGGCGAGGGGAAGGCGAAAGGAAAAGCGAGAACGAAGCGAGCGGCGGCGAGAAGCGCCUCUCCGCUUCCUUCCUUCCUUCGCCCGCUCGCCCCGAGAAUCCGAACUGCCAACAGUUGCAUGAAUGAAUGAAUGAAUGAAUGAAAGAGACACGCCACCUAACAAGGAGCAACCGGACAGGCUGGAGUCCUCGGCGCCUCGCUCAAGUCUUGGCAACUUGUCUCUCCAUUGACUUCCGACGCUGUCUGCCUUCAAUUCUCCCGAAAACGCCACUCACGCGGCUGAAGCCAUGCCCUGCGUCCAGGCUCAGUACGGGUCCUCGCCACAAGGAGCCAGCCCGGCCACGCAGAGCUACUCGUACCACCACUCGGCGGCUGCCGGGGAAUACAGCUCGGACUUCUUAACUCCCGAGUUUGUCAAGUUUAGCAUGGACCUGACCAACACUGAAAUCACUGCCACCACUUCUCUCCCCAGCUUCAGUACCUUUAUGGACAACUACGGCGCCGCUGCCGCCGCCGCCGCGGGUUACGACGUCAAGCCGCCCUGCCUCUACCAAAUGCCGUCGCAGCCCCCGCCGCCCCCGCCACCGGCGCCCUCCAUCAAGGUCGAGGAGCUGCCCCUGCACGGCCACGGCUACCCGCCGCCGCCGCCCCCCGCCGCCGCCGGCGGGCCCCAGGCGCCUGAUGAGCUGGCCGUCUACUACAAACCCUGCGCCUCGCCGCCCACCCCGGCCGCUGGUUUCGCGCCGGGUCAGAGCGUUUGGGACGAGGCCGGGCCGCUGCACGGCUUCCAUCACCACCACCACCACCACCACCAGGCUUACGGUGGGACGGCAGGAGGAGCGGCUGGCGGCGGAGGCGGCGGCGUGCAUAAGGCAGCCCCGACGGCGGUGCCGCGUCUCUCGCUUUUCUCCUUCAAGCAAUCGCCGCCCGGCAUGCCGGUGGGCAGCUGCCAGAUGCGCUUUGACGGGCCCCUGCAUGCCCUACCGCUCAACGGGGAGCCCUCGGCCCACGGGCCUGGCGCCCACCACCACCACCACCAUCACCACCACCACCACGACGGGCAGCCUUUCGCUCUGCCCAACCCGAUCCGCAAGCAGGCCAGUGCCGCCGCCGCCGUCGGGUUCCCCGGACUGCAGAUCGGGCACGCCUCCCAGCUCCUGGAUGCCCAGGUGCCUUCGCCGCCUUCGCGGGGCUCGCCCUCCAACGAGGGGCUGUGCGCCGUCUGCGGAGACAACGCCGCCUGCCAGCACUACGGCGUGCGCACCUGCGAGGGCUGCAAAGGCUUCUUUAAGCGCACCGUCCAGAAAAACGCCAAAUACGUUUGUUUAGCGAAUAAGAACUGCCCCGUGGACAAACGCCGUCGGAACCGGUGCCAGUACUGUCGUUUUCAGAAGUGCCUUGCGGUCGGCAUGGUCAAAGAAGUGGUUCGCACAGACAGCUUAAAAGGCCGAAGGGGUCGUUUGCCCUCCAAACCGAAGAGCCCCCAGGAACCUCCUCCCCCUUCGCCCCCGGUGAGUCUGAUCAGUGCCCUGGUGAGAGCUCAUGUCGACUCCAACCCGGCUAUGACCAGCCUGGACUAUUCCAGGUUCCAAGCAAACCCAGAUUAUCAGAUGACCGGCGAUGACACGCAGCACAUCCAGCAGUUUUAUGACCUCUUAACUGGUUCCAUGGAUAUUAUCCGGGGCUGGGCAGAAAAAAUCCCCAGCUUCACUGACCUUCCCAAACAAGACCAAGAUCUGCUGUUUGAAUCUGCCUUCCUGGAGCUUUUCGUCCUGCGGCUAGCCUACAGGUCAAACCCCGUGGAAGGGAAGCUCAUUUUUUGCAACGGCGUGGUCCUGCACCGCCUACAAUGUGUCCGUGGGUUCGGGGAAUGGAUCGAUUCCAUUGUGGAGUUCUCUUCCAGCCUGCAGAAUAUGAACAUCGAUAUCUCUGCCUUCUCCUGCAUCGCUGCCCUAGCCAUGGUGACAGAGAGGCAUGGCCUGAAGGAGCCCAAGCGGGUGGAAGAACUACAGAACAAGAUUGUCAAUUGCCUCAAGGACCAUGUGACUUUCAACAACGGUGGCCUGAACAGGCCAAAUUACUUGUCCAAACUCCUGGGCAAGCUCCCGGAACUGCGGACCCUCUGCACGCAAGGCCUGCAGCGUAUUUUCUACCUGAAACUGGAAGAUUUGGUGCCGCCACCAGCAAUAAUUGACAAACUUUUCUUGGACACUUUACCUUUUUAGAAACAAGGACAGAGAAAGGGAGAAAGAGAAAAAAAAAGUGUAAGGGGAUGGUGGGGGUGGGGAAACCUAGAAAGAAAGAAAGAAAGACAAUGCUGCUGUGUUCUCAGAGUUGAAGAACUUUCGAAGCCUCGAAGGUGGUGGUGGUGGGGGGAAUGCAAGCAAGCAAGCAAGGAGAUCGAAGCCCAGGAGAAAAGCAAGAGCCCCCUGUUUCCCUCUCCAUAAGGAAGGAGCAUCUCUGGCUGCUGCAUGCUCCCACCCCUCCAGACUGUGGCUUAGCUUGUCCUGCAGAACAGUGACUGAAAACUGGGGGCUGUGGCCAUGCUGAAUUCCGUUCCUUGGACCACACACAGAUUCCCAUGGUACCAGCUUUUUAUUCUUGCCAAAACAAACAAACAACCCCCCCCCCCCCCCAGAAAACUAAAGUCUCUUUCGCUCCCAUCCACUCCCUUUCCCCCAAAGCAAAAAAAAAAACAAAAAACACACGACACACAGGUUUUUAAAAAAAAGAAAAGAAAAAAAGAGUUCAUUACUCUGUCAGGAUGGCUGUGACCAAGGACUGUAAGUUAGGAAGCUGAGUCUUGCUCAGGCUUUAGCUGCUGCUGCUGUUACUGGCAAGAGUAUUUCAAAAUGACCCACUCAAUCUCCCCCUUCCCUCCUUCCUUAAGACUUUUAAAAGUGUUUUCUGCUGUAAAGGGAAAGCUGUAAUAUAUUAGAAGAUGAAAUUAAGGGUGCGGGAGGGAGAGGGUGCAGCAUGAAUCGACAGAAGGCAAAGGAUUGUACACUUAUCAGAUGCAGUUUGGCCUUUUCUUUCUAAAAAUACAGAGCAAAACUAUUCUGUGCCUAUUUAUGAAUAAGCUAUUCAAACCACUAUAAAAUUAGAGAAAGAGAGAGAGAGAGAAAAAAGAGACUAAAUCAAAGGGAUUUGAACAAAAAGAUUUGAUUAUUUAAGAUUUAAAUCAAAAGAAAGUCUGAUGAUUCUAGGAAGACAAUGUUAUUAUAGGCACUUGCUAUUUCAGUAAUGUCUAUAUUCUAUAAAUAGUUAUUUCAGACACUAUGUAGUCUGCUAGAUUUUAUAAAGAUUGGUAGUUCUCUAAGAAGCUUCAAACUUUUUUUUUUUUCUCAGUUGUAAAAUAGGUGGGCACAGGUGUUACACAAAUACAACAGACUCCCUACCCACAUCCAUUUCUGGAAAAUCUUCCGAAAAGGGACCCAUAUUCCCGUGUUUGUAAACACCGUUUGGCAUUCCUUGUUUGUAAGUGUCGUAUGUAUUGUUGAUGCUGAUUAAAAAGAAAACAGUUUA